AUGGACGCCACCGACCGGCUAAUGCCGGGUCCCGAGGGCAAGACACCAAGAUUCUACGAAGUGGAUCGAGGCAACAAGACUGAAAGCUAUAUUAGUGCAGUGUCUGGUAACCCAGUAGUCCCUGAACACAUAAUGCUUAAAGAGCAAGCACCGCCCGUCGAGGAACCAAAGAAGACGUGGGAGCCUCGACCGCCGGUUGUGGCGAGACCCAAGAACCCAGAUCAGAUCGGAUUGAGUGAGGAGGAGCUAGAGCAGUUUAGGAAUGAUCCGUGUUGGAAGUUUAUCAGAACCGCCCUCUUCAUCCUCUUCUGGCUUAUCUGGCUCGCCUUAUUCGCCGCCGCCAUCCUCCUCGUCUGCCUAUCCCCAGCUUGCAUCGUCCGUGAGAAACCUAACUGGUGGCAGACAGCAGUCGCCUAUCACGUCUGGGUACCAUCCUUCCAAGACUCGGAUGGCGAUGGUGUCGGGGACGUCGACGGGUUGAUAGAUCGGUUGGAUCAGUUGAGAAAGUCGGGAGUCCAAACAGUAUGGCCUUCUCCGUUUUUGAUAUCCGAUGACGAUAAGACAGCGGUGCGAAGUUUCAGUCAAAUGGAUCCAAAGCUUGGUGUGAAUCAGAAGGCGGAUGAGUUGAUUCAAAAGAUUCAUGAAAAAGAGAUGAAAAUUGUGAUAUCUAUUCCAAUCGCGACGACAUCUCUAGAACAUGAAUGGUUCCUGAACUCGGCCUCCGCUAGCAAGACACCCAACGCCAACUAUUCCCAAUUCUACACAUGGGUCAGCAAGGCGGCCGACUCUAACUUCUUCACAGAGCACAAAAAUCUCUUCUAUCUUCAUGAGAAAGGAAACUCCAAAUCCGCCGUACUCAACUGGCAGAAUAGUAACCUCCGCGAGCAUAUGUUCAACGCGUUGUCAAGUUGGAUCGAUCGAGGAGUCGAUGGGUUUGAGCUACUUGGAAUUGAGUACUUGGCAAGGACACCAAAUGGGACGGAGCCUGAGUGGAACGCGAUUUAUGAUGUGAUCCGGGAUAUUCGAUUCCAUGUGGACACUUAUUCGAAUGAGAGUACAAUUGCGAAGGGGAAGAAGAUCGCUCUAUUCUCUACCAGAGAAGAAGCCAAAGAAAAAGACAAAAAGCGAAUGGCGAAGAGCGGUAUGGACACGGUGAUCAACUAUGAAUUAGGAGAAGUUGAAAAGGAUACAAAAAUCUGUCACAAAAACGAGGGAUCUGUGGCUACAUGCGUUCAUGAGAUUCUAUCCGAUGUCUUGUUGUUCCACUCGCUCAAUGAGCAAGUUUGGCCGCAUUGGAGGUUUGGCUCCCCAGACCUUGCCCGUCUCGCCUCUCGUGUCGGCUCCCGUCCUCAUGCUCAACUCCUCAUGAUGCUUCAAAUGGUCCUGCCUGGAACUAACAAUAUCUAUUACGGAGAAGAAAUCGGAAUGAGAAAUCUUGCCAAUGACUCCCGUGUCCCACCACAAAAGGGUGCGAUGCAAUGGGAUGAUUCUCUCAAUGGAGGAUUCACUUCUGCCAUGAGCCCACCAGUCCCAUCGAAUAUCGACGUGGCGAAUAUUAAUUGGAAGAGACAGUACUCGGAGCCACAGAGCACAUUGAAGAUUUUCGCGAAAUUGGCCAAGUUGAGGCAGAGAGAAGAUGCAUUGAAGACGGGGACUACGUUGAUUGGAAGGCUGGUCGAUGGAGCAUUUACGGUGACGAGAUUCAAUAAUUUCGAGAAUCGGACAACGGGAAAUAUCUACGUUGCCGCCCUUAACUUUGCCGAGCACCCUGUUAAACUCCCACUCACCGACCUCCCGAACAAUGAGAAGCUCCAAAAAUCUACAAUAGUAACUGCCACAUCCAACUGCGAAGUCUACUACGCCCGUCAGACCGUCGACCUUGGCGGGAAGGAAAUCGAACUGGAACCGAAUCAAGGCGUCGUGUUUCGUUAUUCUGCUUAG